AUGUCAAACAUUGAAGACUUAAGCUUAUCUGAUACAGAGGAAAAUUACGCAACCCAACCAAGCGAGGUUUACUUGGGUUUCGUGGACGCUGCCAUCAAACAAUCCGACAACGUUUCUACUGAAGACACAUUCAUAGGAGGUGAGCCAGUAUGGUUACAUCCAGAUUCCGUACCUAAGGAGGAACUUCUCAAGUGUGGAGCAUGCCAAUCUUCUGCUUAUAUGAAGCUUUUGUUGCAGGCGUUCGCUCCUCUCGAUCCUGAGCUAGCCAAGAAAGUAUCUGAAAACAACAAUAUAUCGUCCACACACAGAAGCAUCAACCCCGAUGACGCAAGAGUUAUGUACGUUUUUUUGUGCACCAAAUGCCCCAGAAAGUCAAACUCCAUUCGCUGUGUCCGUGGCGUUAAAAAAUCCAGUAUGAAUAGGACCUUGGAGGGCAAAAUGAAAUCUUUGGUAGCGGAAAAAGAUUUCAAGAUCAGUACAGCAGAACUCAAGCAAAGCUUGGAAAAUCCAUUUGCUUCUACCACCAGUGAAUCUACUGACGCCAACCCUUUUUCUAAAGCGGCCGAAAAUCCGUUUGGAAAGCUGGAAGAGAAGGUCGAAGAAAAGAAAACCAUCCCCGUAGAGACCACCAAUGCAAAAGCCGCAAGAAAACAACACGAUACAUUACCUGACAAAAACUUUGAUAAGGGCUACCCGGGAUUCUUUCUUUACGUCGAAGAAGAAUCAUUCAAAAAUAAGACCCCCGAUCACUUGAAACUGCCCGAAAAUUUGAAAAUAGACAAGACAGCUCUAGACUUGAGUAUCGAAGAUGAAGAUUCGUUUGGUAGCUCAUCCAUAACUUUGGACCCCAGGACUGAAAAGUUGUCAAAGUUCUUGGAUGACGACGUCUUCCAAAAGUUUCAGGAAGUGGCCGGCUACAAUCCACUACAGGUUCUCCGAUAUGACUUUGGCGGCAGGCCGUUGUACUAUGCAGCGACUAAUGUCGACCUUGAAAAAAUUGUACCGUCGCCAGGGUACAACCCUUCUUCCAAGAGGGUCUUCGAAAUGCAACUAAUGCCCAAGAUGAUUCUUGACCUUGAAGAGACAGUGCUGGAAACAGGGGGUAUGGAGUGGGGAACUAUUUUGGUUUUCAGCGAUCUUGAGAACUACACACCACAGUUCGACGAACACGGGGUCGGAUACGUUGAAGAGUGCGUCAGAGUUCAGUGGGAGUCAAAUAAAUGCUAA